CCUAUUUUGAAAUAGAUAAAGUAAGUUUGUAAUGCUUAGCUUAGGAAGGAAAUGUGUUCAGCUCCACCCUAUCCAUGUACGAGAAAUGACAUUGUAUUAUUUUUGCACAUUGUCAGAAAAGCCGUGAGAAUGGAACCAUCUAUAACAUUAUUCAUUACUCUGACAGUCCUGGCUCUCUUUUGGGGUAGGUUCGGUUUUAUUUAUCACUAAGAAUUAUAAUGUAUUAUGUAAUUAAAAUGAAAUCCACACUAACCACUAGAUACAUCAUACAAAAACUGCUGCACACAAUUAUUAUUAUUAUUAUUAUUAUGAUAUUUAUAGAGCAACGUCAAAUUCCGCAGCGCUUUACAAUGGGUAGACAAACAGACAUGUAGUUGUAACCAGACAAAUGGACACACAGGAACAGAGGGGUUGAGGGCCCUGCUCAAUGAGCUUACAUGCUAGAGGGAGUGGUGUAAAAUGACACAAAAAGGUAAGGAUAGUGAUAUAUUUGAUAGUGAUAGAGGCAGCAACAUGCUAUAAAUUAUAUUAACUGCUAUAUUUGUAAACUUUAAAAAACAGCUAAUUUUGGAUAUUUUGGCUUAAAAUGUGAAAUUAGCACAUAUUCACUAUCAAUUUCCAGAAAUUCACACUUUAGACAAAUCCUGUUAGAUUUAUAGGGGAAAAACAUGCAAACACACCCACCAAAAAGUAUUUUUGUAAUAAGUGUAUAUUUUCUAGUGUUUCCAAAGUCAACAACCUUAAAUAUAAACCCAACAAACCAUAGGACAGUAAAGUCUGUACUACACGUUCAAUAAAACCAAUAUCCAUACCUCCCAACUGUCCCUAUUUAAGUGGGACAGUCCCUAUUUUGGGGCCAAAUCUCUCUGUCCCUCUUUUCUAGGAGCUCCAUAUUGUCGGUGUGUCUGAGUGUAUAGCAACACUAAUAAUACUCAAAGCAAUGUGUAUUUAAACUACAAUAAAUAUGUUUAGAAAUCUGUCUAUAUUCUAAAUGACAUAUUAAUUGGAGAAAUUGUUACAAGUAAGUCACCAAUAAAUUCUCAGAACCGCCCUGCCACUGGCCACCCACCAACUUAAAACUCUAAAACGAGUGUCCCUCUUUAUUUGUUUGAAUUGUUGGGAUGUAUGCAAAUAUCAAAACACACUUUUAGACUCCUCAAAACCUGAAGUCAUGAUACAAAAAAUGAACAAUAAAACAUGGAAAAGUGAAUGGCGCUUACACAAUAGAAAGAACACAAAGGUGGUGGUGGAAAAAGUGUUCCCCAACACCUUAAAUACAAAGUAUGAGAUAGAAAAUAUAUUGACACUGAAUAUACAAAUGCCAAAGAAAUCCACACACCACUCUCUUAGUCCCAAAAAGGUGAGUGUAUACAAUACUUGUAAAUACAGCGGUAUAUGCUGGUAGUAUUCCGUAUACUUGGACCCUACAAUAACAUAGAACAGUACAUAGUGUAGACUGUAAAUGGUAAUAACAAUAAUAAAAAUAAAUGGAUCCACUCACGAAUUUCAGAGCCGUGCCAGGCUCUGUGUAGAAUGCCCAAGGGUGCCUAUACAGGCUAGAUGCAAAAUCUUCACAAUAUCCCUCAGAGGUAGGAGAAACAGCAAAGAUGAUAGAAAGAUGAAUAAAUUUAUUGCAAAUAAAAAUGUAUAAAAACAACUGAACAAGUUGUAUAAAAUAAUGCAAAAAGCAAUACAAUGUGUGAACGGCUCUGAAAUUCGUGAGUGGAUCCAUUUAUUUUUAUUAUUGUUAUUACCAUUUACAGUCUACACUAUGUACUGUUCUAUGUUAUUGUAGGGUCCAAGUAUACGGAAUACUACCAGCAUAUACCUCUGUAUUUACAAGUAUUGUAUACACUCACCUUUUUGGGACUAAGAGAGUGGUGUGUGGAUUUCUUUGGCAUUUGUAUAUUCAGUGUCAAUACAUUUUCUAUGAUACAAAAAAUGCAAAUGUAUUUAGUGAAUUCUUACUAUAGUGAGAAUUUAUAAAAAAAAAUGCAAAAAAAUGGGGAAGUUUUGGCAAUAAUAAAAUAUGCAUAAUAUGUCCAGCUUAGGAAAAGUAAUUCAAAAUCAAUUCAUUUGUGUGUCUUGAUUUACAAAGUACAUAAUAUGUGUAGGAUUUCAGUUUAUUUUGAAAGUUACAGGUCACAAACUACAAGGUCUAAAAUAAAAUUUCAAUGUGAAACAAUUUUAGAAGUUGGUAUGUUUGUCUUGGAAGUUUAAUACCAAUUACAGAACACAAAAUUAUAUAUUUAUAUAAAGUAGACAUCGCAGGCUGUUUAGCUAAGGUUAUUUUGACACUUUCUACGUAGCCAUUUCACCGCCAAUCUCUGCUAAAUAUUGGAGUAAAAUUGUGUUUUUUUCCUUAUUUUGGCAUGUACAUAUAUAACAAGGUUUUUCUAAUGUGUAUUUUGUAAAGCCGAUGUGUGCUAUUCCUGCACAGAACCCCAUAUUAUGUUCAGCUACAUCUGCUGAGAACAACGAUAGCCCCAUUUUAUACCUUUGCCCCUAUUCUUUGCCCAAUGUAUGACCUAGACACUAAUUUGUGAAGUUACAGUGCUGUAAAAGAGACGUGACAAGAUCAGGUUUUUAAGUGUCAAUUUAUAUGGAAGGUUUUAAUGUGUCUGUAUUCUAUUUUGAAAUAUGUUAGCAGGCUGCUUUUUCCAACUACCCCAAAAAGGCAUACUAUUUCUUAAGGAAGACACCCGAGGGUAUUUCAAAAAGCAUAUUUUGAACCUUAGCGUGGGAUCAUUUUUCCGCUAGCUUGUAUCAGGUGUAGUGGUAAUAAGCAUUUUUUCUGCCUUUUUGACACACAGUGAGUUUGUACUGUAUAUUUUGCAAACCUUAUAUGUGCUAUGGCUUUAUAAUACUUCAUAUGUUGCUCAGCUAUGUUGUCUGAGUAAAGCAAUACCCCCAUAUGUACCUUUGCUAGGUAUAUGUGGACUUUGAAGGGGCACAUUUCAGACACAGCCAUUUAAGAUUUUUUCAAACUUCAAAUUUUUACGCUGGGUCCAUACCCCACUUUGGAGUUUUUUUUUGUAGGUUAAUUAUUCCAGCUACCCCAUAAAGGCAUACCAUUUCUUAAAGAAGACACCCUAGGGUAUUUCAAAAGACAUAUUUUGAACCUAAGCAUGAAAUAAUUUUUCCGCUAGCUUAUACCAAGUGUUGUGGUAAUAAGCAUUUUUUAUGCCUUUUUGACAUACACGAGUGUGUAAUAUAUAUUUAGCAAACCUUAUGUGUGCUACAGCAGUGAUCUGUCCACUUCCAUUAUUUGCUUUAAAGUUCCCUACAUGAUUCUUAUGGGUGGGGUGGUAAGCCGCUUCCUCUUUAAUUCAAUGGCUGUCCAGUCGCUUAAAUAGUAGACAUACCCUCACCUGCUUUAUAACCACUGGAUGAACAGAGAGGUAAAAUGCCUCCCUUAUAUCGGGAUCUUAUUGUUCCCACAUGCUUUAUAUUAUUUUUUUUUUUUUUACUAUUUAAUGUGGUGGCUGGCCAUAAGUGAUGACCAGCCACCAUAUACUUAACCCUGGCUGAGGAUUUAUUGACUAUUUGCCCAUUGGCUGACAGUGGACAAAUAGUUUGGAUUUGUAUUCAAUUCAAGGACAACUUUAUUUUUUUUUAAAAAGUGUAUUACAAUUUACAUUUCCUAUUAUUAUUUUAAAUAAAUCUAACAAUAACACUGACUGUCUCUUGCAACUUUUUUUUUCUUUUCUCUAGCGUUUGCAAACUCAUGCUCGAUCUCUGUUUCUCCCCAAAAUGUGGCCGCUCGUUAUGGAGAUACAGUGAUCUUAAACUGUACAUCAGACUGUAUCAAUCUGCGUUGGAAAACUCCAGCGAUUCAGAAUUUUAAAAGAGGCCCUCACUGGUUGGUACUAAAUAUAAGCAACUAUGACGGAUGGGAGGCAAAUUCAAUCUGCUUUGUAGAUGAAAAUUUUCUAGCAGAAGUGAAAGUUUUGUUUUACAGUAAGUAUCCAUCUAAUUAAAUGGUGGGUUAUACGGUCAUGCUCCCUAGAAUAGAACUGGGAGGUAACAAAAGUAAUUAGAAUGGAAUUAGGGGGUCACACAGGCAAUUAAUAUAUAACUGAGAGGUAUGAAAUUGGGAGGCCACACACACAUAAUUAGAAUGGAGUUAGGGGGUCGCACAGAUAAUUAGAAUGGAGUUAGGGGGUCACACAGAUAAUUAGAAUGGAGUUAGGGGGUCACACAGAUAAUUAGAAUGGAGUUAGGGGGUCACACAGAUAAUUAGAAUGGAGUUAGGGGGUCGCACAGAUAAUUAGAAUGGAGUUAGGGGGUCACACAGAUAAUUAGAAUGGAGUUAGGGGGUCACACAGAUAAUUAGAAUGGAGUUAGGGGGUCACACAGAUAAUUAGAAUGGAGUUAGGGGGUCGCACAGAUAAUUAGAAUGGAGUUAGGGGGUCGCACAGAUAAUUAGAAUGGAGUUAGGGGGUCACACAGAUAAUUAGAAUGGAGUUAGGGGGUCGCACAGAUAAUUAGAAUGGAGUUAGGGGGUCACACAGAUAAUUAGAAUGGAGUUAGGGGGUCACACAGAUAAUUAGAAUGGAGUCUAAUUAGAGUGGAAUUGAUGGGGGGACGGUUACAAAAGCAGUUUAUAUGGAAUUGGGGAGUUUGCUAACUAGUAUAGAAUUACUAUUAGAAAGACGUGUUCACACAGAUCAUUUGUGUAGAAUUAGGGGCUAGCAGACUUCGGCUAAGCGACUAGAGUCAUCUUAUAAUGAGUUACAUUUCAUUAUCAGGUCAAAGUUAUUAUUAUUUACACUUCUUUUUCAGGUAAAAUGUAUAAAGUUUUUUUUCUUUUUAAAGAUUAAAAAUAGCACCAUAUUCAUACCAGGAGAAAAAUGCUAAGAAAUUUUCCUAAUUACUAUAUAAACUAUAUAUAUAUAAAUCAUCAUAUCCUUGUCUUUCUAUCAUUACAUUACCAAAGUGGAAGGUCUUACAAGAGUAUACUCACUCUCAGGACUCUCUAUUCUAUUCUAUCCACGUGGCUUGCUAUAAUUAAAAAUGUAGCAUGGCUUGCCUCACCAAACCCAUUAGGAAUGCUUAGAGGAAGAUGGUUUAAGGCACUUGUCCAACGUCAGCAUAUCACCCCCCUCUAGGUGCCAUUUGGACCCCUUAUUGGCUGGCCCAUGUAAGUAGUAUUGAAUCAGGGUGUCACACAAGUAAGACAUUUAGAACUGAGGAGUGACACAGAUAACUUUAAAAAGUUUAAGUAUUCACUAAACUUGGAAAUUAGUGUUGUUGGGUCAUCGUAGAAGUUUGGAAGUGGAGGAUCACAUAGAUUUUUAGAAUAAAAUUGUGGAUUACGCAGGUAUUAUGGGUAAUAAUCACAAACUUAUUAGGUAAUUAGUAAGGAGCUGGGAGUCAGAGUGCACACAGUUCAUUAGUAAGGAAUCGGCGAUUCGCACAAAUUGAGCGGGAGGCUGCACUGUUAAUUAGUAAAGAUUUGGAAACAACACAUUUAAUUAAUAUGGUAUUGGGAAGCCCACUGAUAUUUGGUUUGGGAUUGGAGGCAUGAAUGAUAAUUAGCAUGUAAUUAGAGCCAGAUGUGAAAUUACUGCUAGUAGCCACUUAACACCAACUUUUAAUCUCUAUAUACAGUUUGAGAGUUUUUGUUUUUGUAAAAAGGACACUAUAGGCAGCUUUUUUCCACUUUACGGCCUGCCUGGAAAAAAUAUGUUUAAUUUUAUUUUUUUUCCUUCCACAAACGUACUGAAUUUAAAACCAAAUAAACAUUUCUCCAACCAAAAGUCUUCAGAAAUAAAACUUUUCAGAAACUUGAAGUGAAUCAAUUCGGAAGAACCAAAAGUAUUUGCAAUGCACAAGUCUAGUAAUGAGUUUGGAAUUGGAGAGUAACACUGACAAAUUAAUAAUAGGUUAAUGGGGUCACAUUGGUUAUUAAUGGAAUAAGUAUUCACACAGCAUACACAAUAUACAGUUAGCAUGGUAUUGGGGUGCGUGAUCAUAUUGGUAAUUGGUAUGAAAUUGGAGUAAUUAUUGUGGAUUUUUGUCAUAUUUCUACUAAUAAUUUUCACAAAUGUCUGAGCAUUCUAAUCUACAUUUGUAUUGAUAAUUGCAAUCCUGUGCAACUCUUUUUUUGCAACACCCAGAUUACUGUUCAUUGGUGUUGCCUCAUUUACUUAAGGGUCUGCAUAUAUUAGGUUUAUUUUUAGAUUGUGCACUCAAUGCACUCAUGUUAGGAUCUUGUGAAAGAGAGUGAUGAAAUGUGUGUCUUACAAACUUAUCAAACUUAUUUAAUGUUUGUCAUAUGAUCAGUUUUAACCACGGGGUAAGAUUAUUUAAUCUUUGUUUUUUAAUUUAUACUCGUCAUCUCCCUAAUUUGCCACGUGCCCCCUCAUCAGCUUGAGGGAGCAUCAUGUUCUGUACCUCUAUUGGGUGCAGAUCACAGUAUUUGUUGCCUUGUGGUACUCCAGCACUUCCCAGUGAAUCAGAGCACUACAGCCAGUGCUCUGAGUCACUGUCUGAGUGUCAGAUUGUGAGGGAGCCUUUAGAGUGACCUGUUAUUGAUGAAGACCACAAUGUUCUACCACAGGAGCACUUAUACAGAAAGGGGGAAAUUGUGGUGAAAAGAAUACAUGGCAAAAAAAACCCCCGAAAAGUCCUUGGUCACAAUGCAUUGCAUCUCAGAAAAACCUUGGUCAUUAAAGGGUUAAUCUUACUUUAUUAAAUAUGAAAUAUGAAAAUUGCCAUUGUGAUCAGAAUCCUGUCAAAAUCCAGUGUUUAGUGUAUAACCCUGUUAGUGAUUCUGACAGAUUAAAGGGACACUAUAGUCACCGGAACAACUAAAGUUUAAUGUAAUUGUUCUGGUGACUAUAGUCAGUUCCUGCAGGUUUUUUACAGUAAACACUGUUUUGUUUUUUUUUGCAGUGUUUACAGCUUAUGUACACCUCUAGCGGCCACUCCUCAGGUGGCUACUAAAGGUGUUUCCUGGUAUUCAGUGUCUUCACCCUGGAGACACUGAACGUUCCUCGUUGAGAUGCUGAUUGGCCAUUGCUGUGUUUGGCUUGUGCUGGCUCUGCCCUGAUCGUUGUUGCACUAUUAUUGUUUUAUUUUUUCCUGGAUGCACGUUCAUUGUGCUGCAGAUUCUCAAACCAACUUUAACCAAUCUGAUAUGCCUACAAUCAAACAUGUGUGUGAGAGUGCAUUAUAAGGAAUUUGUGUUUAUAGUGUAUUAACUUUAUUACCCUAUGAGAUCUGUUUUGUUUUUACUGUAGAUAUUUUCUGUUUUCUACCCCCUGAUCGGCCUCCUUGGCAGUUUUUGAUGAUGUCAGCCAAUGAGACAAUCAGGGUCAGAGCCAGCAACAGCAGACUGGUUUGGGUAAGAGUUUACUAUAUUUAGGGGAAUAAAAGGGUUCGGGGGGCUAGAUUGUGUUUUUAAUACUAUAACAGUCAAGAAUACAUGUUUGUGUUUCUGACCCUAUAGUGUUCCCAUUAUUAAAGAUACCCUUGAGCUUUUAUGACCAUUAAGCAGAUCCAAAAAACUUGUUCUGUCUGUGUUUGUUUGCUCUGUUUAACCCCUUAACGUCGUUACAACGUUCAAUGCCGUCUCGCUUUAAUUGGGCGUUAAAGCCUUUGCGGCGGCAUAGAACGCCCUAACGGCUUUGAGCCCUGGAGCGCCUGGUAUACUCACCUUACCGGCGCUCCGCUUCGGGAGGACUGCCUGACAGCUCAGGCAGCCCUCCCCCGGCAAAAGAAGCCCCCUGGGGGCCAUGUGAUCACUCUCAAAGAGUGAUCACAUGGCCCCCUAUAGCUGGCUGUGGAUCUGCCAGCAGGGGGACUGUCUGAAAUGUCAGACAGUCCCCCUGCUGGUGGGAGCUGUAAAAAAAAAUAUAUUAAACAUGUUUUAAAAUAAAAUAAAUAUAUUUAUAUAUAUAUAAUAUAUGUAUAUAUAUUAAAUAUAAUAUAUAUACAUAUUAUAUAUAUGUAACAUCAUACAAAGUGUAUUUUAAUACUAAUAUAAGUACAUAUAUUAGUAUUAAAAUACACUUAGAAUGACGUUAAUUAUAUAUAAUAUGUAUAUAUCUAUUAUGUAUAAUUACAAUAAUAAAUAAAUAAAUUAAUAAAAUAAAUAAAUAAAAUAUUGAAACAAAAUUUUAUAUAAAUUAUAUAUUCAUAUGUAAUUUAAUUCUAACUGUAUUUUGUUAUUAAUAUAUAUAUAUAUUGGUAACAAAAUACACUUAGAAUGACAUUCUCUAUAUAUCUAUCUAUAGAUAAAAUACAAAUAACUGCAAAUAUAUAUAUAUAUAUAUAUAUAUAUAUAGAUAGAUAGAUAAAUACAUAUAAUUACAUAAAAGAUUACAUUAGUAUACACGUAGAAUUUAUAUACCUAUAAAUGCAUAUAUAUUAAAAUUCUACAUGUAUAUUUAAGUAAUCUUUUAACAUAAUUAUGUGAUUUGAUUAAUUAAAAUUUGAUUGACAUGCCUGACAACAAAGGGAGAAAGUGCAGAGAAUUUAAUUCACAAGCACUAUAUUUGACCCUGUAACUCUCCAAGACACCAUAAAACCUGUACAUAGGGGGUACUGUUUUACUCAGGAGAUUUCGCUGAACUCAAAUAUUAGUGUUUCAAACUGAUAAAUUGUAUUACAACAAUGAUAUUUUAAGUAAAAGUUAAGUUUUUUGCAUUUUUUACAAACGAACAGCACUUUUAUGGACUAUAUUAUUGUUGUAAUAUGUUUUACUGUUUUAAUACACUAAUAUUUGUGUUUAGUGAAGUCUCCUGAGAAUAACAGUACCCCCCAUGUACAGGUUUUAUGGUGUUUUUGAAAGUUAGAGAGUCACAUAUAAGGCUUGCAUUUAAUUUUUUUGACAUUGAAAUUUGCCAGAUUGGUUAUGUUGCCUUUGAGAGCGUAUGGUAACCCAGGAAUGAGAAUUACCCCCAUGAUGGCAUACCAUUUGCAAAAGUAGACAACCCAAGUAUUGCAAGUGGGGUAUGUCCAAUCUUUCUUAGUAGCCACUUAGUGUCACGGUUCUCACCGCAGCAAACAGACGGCCAGACAUGGUCACCCGUGGAGAUCCCAACAAGGGACUUGAACCGGGGAACUUGACAGUCCUGGUCCUGCUUCCUACCUCUGAGCCACAGCAGCUUUUGUAUUCUGCAAGUCAUUCUGGUCCUGUUCAUCCUGGCUUGUCUAUCACUCUGGGGGCUGUACCUUGAAUUUGGCUGUGCUGCACCUGAACCUGAUCAGACAUUAGCAGGGUAUUUAAACUCAGCCUCGCCCUGUGAUCAGGAUCAAGUCUUUGAUCCUGUUGUGUGCUUUGUACCAGUGUUCCUGUUGUUUGAACUGCUACUUGUUAUUGACCCCGGCUUCUGACUACGUUUACUCUGACCUCUGGCAUCCCUUGACUUCGGCUACUCCUUGUUGUUCCUGUCUUCUGGCAUCCUUUGACCUCGGCUAUCCUUUGACGAUCCUGCUGUUUGAGUCCUUGCCUGUCCUGCGACUUGGUACUUCAUCCUGCACAGCCCCCGUGCACAGACCCACAGGCCGGGUGAAUUCUUACCUGACCACCUUGGCCUGUGGCUAUCUGCAAGGGUGAGCAACAUAUCUGCGCUACAGACUCCCAACCCAGGUAAGAUCCUGACACUUAGUCACAAACACUGGCCAAAUAUUAGUUUUUUGCUUUUUUUCACACAAAAACAAAUAUGAACGCUAACUUUGGCCAGUGUUUGUGACUAAGUGGCUACUAAAAAAGACUAAACAUACCCCACUUUCAAUACCUUGGGUUAUCUACUUUUGCAAAUGGUAUGCCAUUAUGGGGGUAAUUCUCAUUCCUGGGCUACCACACCGUCUCAAAGGUAACAUUACUAAUCUGGCAAAUUUCAAAUUGAAAAUGGAACGUUCUAUAUUUGACCCUGUAACUUUCUAAAACACCAUAAAACCUGUUAAUGGGGGGUACUGUUGUACUCGUGAGACAUCGCUGAUUACAAAUAUGUGCAUUUUUUGCAAUAAAACCUAACAUUAUGACAUUUAUAGCUACAAUGUCAGACGGAAAUACAAAUUUUUAAAAAAAUCUUAUUUUCUCACAUUUUUUUUUCAUUUUAUUCAUAAUAAAUUAUGUUCCAUAUAUGAAUAGUUAAUGAUAAAUUAAAGCCCUGUUUCUCCUGAACCAAAUGAUAUAUAUUAAGUGUGGGUGCACGUAAUGUGACAGCGGUGAAUUGGGGUUGAACAGACAUAUAGCGCAAAUUCCAGUUUUUGUUUACGUUUUGUUCUGAUCAGAACGUGCACUAUUGACUCCGUUCUGAAGGGGUUAAAGGGAGAUAGUCAGACAAACAAUUUGCCAUUUCCAUUUUUUCUUUAAUUUUUUUUAUGGCAGAUGUAUCCACAUCGAUGCAUUUCCCGAAGAUGGUUUCGGACAAAGAUGAUGUUUUGAUUCUCUGUAAUGUGUCUAGCCGUGUUGGCAGUAUGCCAGCAUUAAACUUAAAUUUGACACUGAGUAUUGAAGGCAAAAUCCUAAACUAUACUAAAGAAGAUGCUAUAUUAUACAAGCUGAGAGCUGCCCCAAAGCAUCAUUUGAAGGAAAUCUUGUGUAAAGCUGAGAUCGAAGUCUUCGAACAGAAAUUCUCAGAUAGGACCAAAGAUCGGCUGUAUGUCCUGUGUGAGUAUUCAUUAUUUAUUAUUGUAUUGCACUUGUUACAGCCUUGUUACAGUGCAGCUAUCUCAUCAUAUUGUUUCCAAUAUUAAAAGUUAAUUGAUUUGUAAGGUUUAUAAGAAACCCUCUUCUGUCUUGUUACAUAGUUGCAUAGGCUAAAAAGAGACACGUGUCCAUCACGUUCAGCCUUCCUCAUAUCCCUUCAAAAGAGGGAUGAUCUAUUUUGGAAACUUUCUCUAAUGAUUACAUUGUAACCGCAGCUGGUUCCCUUAUUUACCUCUAUAAUGUCUUAAAGCAUGGAACUUAGUAGGGCUAACCAUACAGCUAUCUUAGCCAUAAUUUUAUAUAGUUAGUGUAAGAGAUCCUCUAUUUAAAAUAUAUAAAUAAUUGAGAAUACAAUAUAAAAUAAGGAUUGUCUUGGAAGUAAUAGUUUUGUCUUUUAGAUAUUUAUUACAUAAAAAUAUAAAUAUAGACAUAUAAAAUCCAUUAUAGCAGAGUUUAUAAGAUUAAACUAAAUGUUUGCAAAUAUCAUUAAUAGGUUAACAUACCCUCCUAAACAUGUCAUCAUGUCAGCCGCUCUGUUAUUUUAAUAUGGAGCAGCGUCUGUCUCCAAGUCUCUCCUCUGUGUCUUAACAUUUAAAAGUACACCUAUUUAUACCUUAGGUGUCUCCAUUUUAGGUUACCGUAGUUCAAAUAUGAAAAAGUAACACUUCUUUUACUUUAUUCAUUUUAGGACCUCCCUUAACUUGGCAAACAGACAAGGCCAUAACUAAAGGGUGCAUACGUCAUGGAAAUUUUCCUGACUUAGUUCAAGAUGGCAUCUUAAAGUCUGAACAUCCUAACUACUAAGGUUACCACAGUAUAUUGUGUACUGAAAGAGUCGUAGCAUAGCCAUGAAGCUUGUUUAUGCAUUAUUAUUGUAAUUCGUCUGGGACAAAAUGGCGCAAACAUAAUAUGCACUGAGGUUAUUGCUUAAAGAAACAUCUAUGAAAAACAAUAUGUUCCAUUUCUAACACCUUGUCAGUUUGCAAUAUCUCUUAAAGACAAAGUACACAGUUUAAGAAAUAAAACAUUUCAUUCUAAAACUUGUAACAUUUGCUCAUAACAACAUUUUGCCCAAUUAAUGUCGAAGGCUUGAACACUAUAUAUAUAUAUAUAUAUAUUUACCACAUUAAAACAAGAAAACAUAGCUAUAGCACUGGUUCACAAAACCCAGUGGGCAAAUUCACAGAAAAAGAAUAAACUAGAUAAAAACUAUCCUCAUCAAUUUAUGUCUUGUUACAAAAAUGAAAGUAGAGGCACUUUAAUUUUAAUAAAAGAUAUAGCUACACUUAAGAUUUUGCACAAAAAAAAUAAAUAAAGAAGGAAGAUUUAUAAUUGUUUGUAAGAUUAAUAAUAAAAAAAAUCACAAUUGUUAAUAUUUAUGCACCUAAUGAAAAUGCACUCACAUUUUUUGAAUCGCUUAUGACUCAAAUUUAUAGAAUUGUACAGGGAUAUCUCAUUUAAGGAGAAGAUUUUAGUACUAUUAGUGAUGUCAAUUUAGACAAAAAAACUACACCAAGGCAAAACACUUAACAAGAAAUAGAGAAUUGGAGCAAAAAGUUUUUUAUAAUUUCCAAGAGACAUGGUCUUUAUGAUAUCUGGAGGACUUUAAACCCUUCUUCUUGUACUAAUUAUACUUUCUACUUAGCUCCCUAUUGCUCCUAUUCUCGAAUAGACUUAUUUCUAACUAAAAGCUAUUUAUUUAUUAUAAAGCUAAACUGUAAAAUAUCGAAUACAAUGUGGGCAGAUCAUGCCCCUAUUUUUCUAACUAUAAAAAUAUCAGUAAAUCGUACUUCAAGAGAAUGGAGAAUGAACAAGCUAUUAAUAAAACAAAACCACAUUAAAAAUCUAAUUACAAGAGAUAAAAAUUACUACAUUGAAAAUGAUGACAACUAUAAAACCAAACAAACAAUAUGAUUAAAGGCAGUUAUAAAAGGUCACAUGACAAAAAAAUUAGCUCAUGCAAAAGAGAAAAAGUGGAUUAACAUAUCAACAAUUAUACAUGAAACUAGCCCAAUUAGAAAAUGAAAUCAUUGCGGGUCGCCGCCCCUUGUAAUAAAAACUGUCCGGGCACCCCAGGGGGGCUCAAGGGUGGCCAGCUGGCCAGCUCUUGAGCUCCCAUAUGCAAAGGUUAACAAGGUAUUUGCCAGGGCACUUGGGGGGGAGAGGCGGCGGCGUUUUUUGACUAUCUCUGUAAAGUGCAGCCCAAGGCAAAUGACUUGUUAGCCUUCCAAUAAAUACAGCACUGCAUAUAAUCAAGGAAGUACAAUAGUUUGAAUACAGGAAACCUCUUAUAUUCACUGUUUAAGUUACUGCUGUUUCACUUAACUAAACUUAACAAUAGCCAUCCAAUUAAAUUGCGUGCCGUUCUGAGUAACGUUGUGAACCGUGUGGUCCCGAUAAGGACAUUAUUUAUCUCUUUUGCCCAGUGUAUCCAUGCUGUAUAUGUUUAAGUAUUUUGUUUGAUGAAUACAAUAGCUAUUGCUGCCACCCAGGAGUAGUUUGAGAUUGAGCACAGGGCUUAAUUUUGUGUGCUGUAUGUACUACUCAACCAUUAGUCACUAAUAGUGAUGUCGCGAACCGUUCGCGAACUUUUCGCGAACGGUUCGACGCGGUUCGUGGCGAACUCCGGUCAGCUGACACAUCCCGGCCAAUCUCCAGCAGACCCUCCCUCCCAGACCUUCCCACCUCCUGGACAGCAUCCAUGUUGAAGCUGCCUUCUCGAAAAAUUCGCGAACGGUUCGCGACAUCACUAGUCACUAAGUAGCCAUCUUGGUUAUCAGAUCAACUCUUACGGCAUUGCAUUGCAUGUGUUCAAGUAACCCCUAUUUUGCUUAUUAAUGGCUCCACAGUGUAAGAGUAGUGGCCCAACACUAUAUCACACUUUGAGAGAAUAGUGACUCAACACUAUAUUACAUCUAUUGGCAUUCACCUCACUAUAAUAAGGCAUUGCAUAGUAUAAUGUUUUUUAGAGAUUACAUAAUAGAUAUGUUUCAGUGCUUAUAGUGUCCCUUUAAUACCGCAAACAACGCUCUUAAUAAUAUCAUUUUGUUUUUAGAUGGGCCAACUCAGGUCAAUGUCACUUCUGAUCGGACAACGUUUGUGGCAGGGGAAAAUGUUACAUUGAGAUGUUCAGGUGACGGAAAUCCCCCCGGAGAGUAUUUCUGGAACAUUCCGAAUAACAGAAGUACUACAUUUACCGAUGAUAAACGUUCCCUUGUUGUUUAUUUAGCAUCAGAAAUGGACAGUGGGAAAUAUGAAUGCACUGUAGAAAAUAACUUGGGAAGAAGUCAGUCCCACAUUGAAAUCUCAGUCACAAAAGGUAAGUGACCAACUAAUUAUAUAUAUAUAUAUUAAUAUUACUAAUUUGUUUUUCUGUAUACACUAACCCUUUCUAACACCCAUGUCACACUCUCCAUACCCUUCUCUUCCCAUACAUAUCCUCUUCUCACUAAAUCCAUGCCCCCUUUCUGUCAUAUUCCCUCCGCAUGCCUUUUUCCUUUCCAACUGUUAUUUUUUUUCCCCCAAGGUUUCAUAGCAGUUAGCAAAUAUGUUAACUUUGGACUUUUCUUUAAUAACUGUAAGGGUUAUUCACUAACUCUGUGUGAGCUAUCAGGCAUUAAAGGAACAUUUAGAGUGUGCCAUUCCUUCAAUUUAUAAAAGAGCCAAUUUCAAAAGAAAUCAGCAUUUUUUAAUAAAAUUUUUUCAUUUUUUUUUUAUAAAUUACUGCUGUAAUGCCUCCCUGGCUGUCAAUCACCAUAUCCCUAUCUUUGCAUUCUCCACAGAGGGGCUCCAAUGCUCACCCUGCUAAUACUUCUAAAUGAGCUGUACUACAGCUUGUUGAGAAGUGUGUCAAUGAAAAUCUGUAUGCUUGUCCCUGCGGCUCAACCAAUAGAAAGCCUUUGAUUAGUCAAUCCUUUUAGUCUUUGCCUGAAUCUCGGGAAAAUUAAAAGACUUGCGGUAGUUACAGAAACUAGCUCUGCAGCUAUUACAAAUGAAUUUUUUUUUUAGCCUUCCAAAGAAGAAGUAGCCGAAGAAAACACAUGCAUGUUCUCUUUGCUGGUAAAUCUACUAAAUUGCUAACAUAUAUUGUUUACAAUGGAAUGCACUAUUAAGGUAAAAAAAUUUACGUCAAAUUAGUCUUAAAAUGAUGUUUUUAGUUACAAUUACCUUACAUGAAUCUAGGUCUAUUUCAAACGGUUUAUUAUGAUUGACAAGUAAAUGUUGUGUUAAUGUGUUCUUAAUCUUAAUCUCUGUUUUGCAGCACACGCAAUGAAAGGUUUGUGGGCUAUUAUUCUCGUUUCGGUCCUUGCAGUAAUUGGUCUUGGUUCAUUUCUCAUCUGGUGGGUAAAAAGGAGAAAGGGUGAGGAAACCUUAACAAAGGAAUAAAAAAUAUCUGACAAAAUGUAUGAAAAAUAUAUAUACUUGUAAUGCACAUAAAAGCAUGAACUCGAUUUAGCUUUCAUGUGCAUUUCAGUGUUCAAAAUCAGCACUACAAAUGAUCACAUAGUAAAAGAGUGAAGGCACGCAGAGAUUCUAUAGCAGUUUAAUUAACAAAAAGGAAAAAUACAAUGUUAUGACGGUGCAAACACUUUUUUUUGUCUCAGGCAUUCACAAGGUGUCUUCUUUGUGUGUGAUUAUCAUUUUUUUUCUUCUCUAAGCAAUGAGGGUGUCUCAAAUUUCAGAUGUUAGCAAAUAGUUAUCUUAAUUUCUUCCAUGUCGUAAAACCUUAUAAUAUCUGGCGCAAAUAGAUUGCUAUAUGUCUUAAAACUUCAUAAUUUCUGGUACUAAUAUAUUGCUAUAUGUUUUAUGUUUAUUAUCUACUCAAUAUUUGUUACAGCCAUGUAGUGAAUAUUUCUAAAUUGCGGCUAAAUUGUUUUUGACAACCUAUCAUAUAGCAUUUCCCAAUUAGAUUUCAAAUGUUUUAGUAUUGAUGUGUGUAAAUCCAUUCACUGUAUUAUACUGUUUUAUUAAUAAACAACAUUAUGCUUGGAAAGAUUGUAUAGAACCUGAAAAUUUAAGAAAUAUUGAAAUAUUUCUCUCUAAUUAAAGUUUUUAAAUUCCAUGUAACUGAUUCUACAAUUUGUGAUUACUUCAGGGGUACAGAGAGAAAAUAAAAGGGUCAAGAUGAUCAAUGCUGUUCAGGAAACAAACAAUGUAACAGCAUUUUCAAGAAUUUAAUACAGAGCAUAGAAUUCCCUUCUACAGGGCAGCAGUACUUUAUAGGAUGGAUAAACGUUUAAACGUCUGAGCAGCAAAAUACAAUGACGUUUAUGAUACUUAACACUUCUCUGGGGGACUUCUGCCUUAGAAGGGGUUAUUUAAUAGUUGCAGUCUUAGUUUAAUGUAAUGCAACUAGCAUAAAUGGCCACUAGGUGCCGCCAGGUACUUGCUAUAGGCAUUGAUAUAGUUCUUCAUAGCCCUUUUGCAAUGUAAUGCAGUUAACAGGAAUGGCCACUUGAUGGGACCAGAUAACUGCUUAAACAGUGAUUUGGUUAACUCGCUUGUAGAAUGUAACCUUCAGGGAAUCUAAAAAGAAUUAAAGAACAUAGUGUGAAUCUGUGUUGAGAAUAUGUAAUUAGUGGGAAACCGCAGGAUUUAAUUUAGUGGUUGUCUUCCCAGAAGAGGUUGACAAAUGUCAUAACUUUUAAUAAUCUUAAAUAGUAAAAGAAAGAUGAUUUUAAUAAUAUUUUAAAACACAAAAUAACUGUAAAAACAUUAACACCAACACGUUUCACCUUCACUGAGAUUAUCAAGGAGUAUUUUUAUUGACCACUUAAAGAAAACUGUAUAGUAUAAUAGAAUUUGAUUCCAAAAUGUAUUUACAAGGGCAAACCUUAUAUCUUCUGGUUUUGUAUUUUACAGGCCACUUUAAGAGUGCCCUCGAGCUUCCUGGCAUUUUUUUUGAUUCAGAGUGCUGCAGAUGGCCUACUGAGUCAUUGACUCAGUAUCAGAAUCUUGAGGGCACUCUGAAAGUCUUCUGUGCCAGAUAUUGGUGCAGACAAUAUUCAGAAAUUCAGCUCACUCUUCACUGGACUGCCAUGAAUCCUACUCACCCUUCAUUGGUCUACCAGGGAAGGUAAGCAGGAGGUGGGGAAACAUACACACACACACACACACACACACAAUAAUCAGGCUCUCCAACACACACCUCUCAUCCUCCUCCACACUCAACACUCACACACAAUACACACCCUUACACACACAAUAAUCAGGCUCCCCAACACACACAAAUCAGCCACCACACACACAACACUCAACCAGCACACACAUGUACACUCGACCUCCCCAUACACCUCUCAUCCUCCUCCACACACAACACCCACACACAACACACACCCUUACACACACAACAUGCAAUCAACACAACACUCACCUGGCUCAAGUGCUGUCUUUCUUACUUCUCAGGAACUGUGAUUUCCAGUAACAUGACCAUGGCACUCCCUCACUUACCUUCUCAUUCCCUCCUCAUUCCCUUUAUAUUCCACCAAUAUCUGCAACUCCCUGUUUCCUUAUUUAGCACUGUGUUAGCAUGCACAAAUUAGUGCAAGCAGGGCAAAGAAAGAUAAAGAUGGGCCUCUGGUGCAAGAGAAGUAUAAGGAAAAUAAAUUAAAAUUAAAUUAGAAUAUUAACUCUUCCACACCUAGUAGUAACAUGGAAUUUGUUGAUGCCCUGUUGUCAGCCAUCUUGUAGAAUCUGCUAAGUGCUUUUGUCAGCUUUUCUCAGUUUGCUAUCAGCCAUUUUCUAGAAUACAUCUGUGGGUUUUUUUUUCAUUUUUGGUUCUAAUUUUCUUCUAUUUAAAGACUAAUUUUUGCUUUUUAAAGAGUUCACUGCAAUUAUUUUGUGAUAUAUUUAUCUUAAGGGGAAGUGUAGCUGUGCUCAAAAGCAUCAGGGUGUGUGACUUGUGGUGAAUGAUUAUGUUGUGAAUAACAUAGAAUAGGAGGAAAGGGGAAUGGAUGUUUGAAUUUACUUCAGGUUUUUUUUUUUUAAUGCUUAGUCAGAUAUUCUGUAAUGCUUAUAUUGUAAGAAUACUGGCCAUGUGUUAUCUUUUGACAUGGUCAAUGUUCCUCUAUUAUCUGUGGAUAAAAUUGUUACAUUUAUUGUCAUGUUAGAUUUUUGCUUUUCGAAAAAUCUCAGUGUCAGGGUUUCUGCACACGUUCAAUAAAAUGUUUUUACUGGACAUGUUGGUAUCUUUGGUGGCAACACUAACACAAGCUUAUAUUCUUGGCAUCAUGGUUCCCACUUCAACAUUUUACCCACCAGUGUCUCUCUUGCCCUGCCAGGCACUCCUUUCUCCCUUGAGAUCCAAUCACAUUUCCAGGUAACUCUUGCACUUUUGCAAGACAGCCAUUUGCCAUUUUGCACCCUACUCAUUUCAUACCACAAAGCCCCCUCCCUAUAUCCACCAAGGGCUCUAGAUACCUUUUCCAGAUCCCCUCAGCUGUACCCAUGGCGUUUCUUUUUAGGUCUCACCUUAAGUUAUCAAUAUUUGGGGCUGCCCAUUGCUGCUCAGGCUAAUGCUUCCUCAUUAGCACAAGCAGCACAGAUUGGAUGGGCUGCUGGGGG